AUGGAUGACGAAGCGGUGCCUUUUGGCCAGACUGUUCAGGUCGUUGACCCAGAUGUCCGUGCUCAUGUGUAUAGUCUUGUUACCGCGCUAGGAGGGUUCAAUGGCGAAGAUGCUGAUCAAUAUGUCCUCGGAGACGAUUCUUUGGCAUGUCUGCGAGAUAUCAAGCGAUGGCUGAAGCUAUACGAUGAAAAAAACAACCGGAUGGAUGUGGCUCGAUGUCUGGGAGAGGCGAAUCUUGUGAACGGCGAUCUCGUACCGAUUCUAUCGGCCUGGUGGAAUAAUGGCCAGAAGAGCAAACAUAUGUCUAGAAUUGCAUUGGCAUGCUUGGAGUUGCUGGUACCUCUGACCUGGCCGCUGGAAUUGCAUAAUGAAAUGACUGUCAAUCAUCAUCGCCAUACUCCCUAUAUACAACAAGCCCAAGUUCAAUAUAAGCGUGGGAUCCUAAGUCAUGCAAACUCGAACCUCAUUCGAACCAUCAUACGGAUUGCUCUUCCGAGCAUGGCCAUGCCUCGAUCUGAACGAACGGCCCGAGACGAAGGCAUUCUCAAACUGAUGCUCUAUCUGCUCCGGAAUCUUGCGCUCAUCGCCCCCAAUACUCGUUUGGCAGCGGAAGGUGAGGAGGAGGAAACAUCAAGAUCCGCAACAAUCAAUGUAUUUCAACAACAGGAUGCAUUUGCUCUACUCCUCACCAUGUGCUCCAACGUUGGUGAUGACUUCAACUUACAGGAUGUGGUUCUUCUUGAAAUUCUGUUCCAUAUCAUAAAGGGUGUCAAUGUGGAGAAAUUGUUCAUGGAUGAUGCCCAGCGAACAGCCAAACGCACAGAUGAGCUUGGUGGUCUCCUACAGAAAGAAUCGUCUUUGCGGAGAGAAUACGCUAAAAACGCACCGACACGACAUGGUCGGUUCGGGACAAUGAUUUGGGUCAAACGGGACGAUGCUAAAGUUUCCACCGUCUCAGGGCAGGAUGUCCUUAAGGAUGGCCAGGCAACGUUAAACAAGAUGGACCAGACUAAAAAGUGGAACAAGCCCCAGCCACGUCGAAAACAGCAAGAAAUGAGGGUGAACAAUGAUUUCAAUACGCCAGCCCAUCUUUCUUCAACAGCAUCUAAAAAUCUGCGGAUGUUUGUGGAGGAGUUCUUGGAUUCGGGAUUCAACCCUCUUCUCACCCACGUACGCAAAGCAAUUGAACGUGAGGCCGAUCGUAUUGUGGAUAUCAAUUCACGCCAGUUCUUCUAUGUCGUUGCCUGGUUCCUUCAGGCAGAGCGCACACGGCGUCUCCGUCAACGCCAGCUGCGCACGCAGGAUUCGAAGGACCUCAAGGAGGUGGAACCAGAUAGCUUUGGUCUUGUUGCUAGUGUCCUCAACCAGGAAACUUUCAUCUUUUUAAACCGAUCGAUGCAACAUAGCUUUGACCAAAAAGACUGGGAGGAUCUCAAUGCACAAAUGCGUUGUUUCACGCAUAUAUUAUUGACUGUACAGGAAAUGGCCCAGUCACCUCUCGAAGACGACCAAGAAAUUGCCGAAAAUAUCCAGAACCGAAUUUUCUAUGAGGAGACCACUCAUGACCGCAUAUUAUCCAUCAUCCGUGGGUUCAAGGAUCAAGGAUUUGGCUAUCUUGAUGCGUGUACAGAACUUGCACAUGUCUUCCUUCGCAUGCUGGAGCGCUAUUCCAAAGAGAAUGCUGAUAUGCAAGUGCGCUCUCGUCGACGGGCUAAGCGCAAGCAGAAGCAAGCACAAAAAUCAGGCGAGGACAACAAUGAAGAUAAUGAAGAUCACGCAUCUGAGGAUGAAGAGGAAGAGGAAGCUGAAAGAGUUUCCAGAGAACGCAAAUUUGAUUUCACGCGAUUUGCGGCCAAGUUCUGCAACCAAAAAUGUGUUGAUACCUUCAUCGCUUUCACGAGAUUUUAUAAAGAACUGGACACGGAACAAUUGAAACGCGUCCACCGCUACUUUUAUCGGAUAGCUUUCAAACAGGAACUGAGUGUCUUGCUAUUCCGGGUCGACAUAAUCAACCUCUUCUACAGGAUGAUUAAAGGUCCUGGUGCUUUAGAUUCAAGCAAACCGAUCUUCAGGGAGUGGGAGGAAUUGGUUCGACAGCUUAUAAGACGUUUGGUCAAGAAGCUUGAACAGCGUCCGGCACUAAUAACAGAACUUUUGUUUAGCAAGAUCAACUCAACAGUAUUCUACCUCGAAUAUGGACAUGAAAAGCAAACUAUGUCCACCGUAAAAAGAGCCCCAGCUGAGCUUGAAGUCCAUCCUAAGGAGGCCGCGACAACUGAAGAAAAAUUGGGUAUUGUGGUAACUGCGCUCGUGAAGGAUGAGGAGUCUGGCCUGGUCAAAUGGAUCAGUGAAGUGUUGGGUUCGGCCGCCGAAGAAAGAGAGUCUUGGGAAGCUCAGGAUGAAGCCCGACGAGCUGAGUCUGAAGCGCCACCGAACAUCCCUAACCCAAUGAUUGCCAUCACGCCACCCGACGACUCCUGUAAACAAGCAAUGUUUUCAAAUGCCAAACUUCGCCUCCUCAUGACAUUGAUCAAGCUUGAACGGCUUGGAAUGGAAGAUGUGCCUGGAGCGUCCUGGAUUGUUCCGUCAGCGUUGUCAUCAAAAGAUCUCCACAACAUGAAACUAUUAAUCGACCAGGGUCUCGAUAAACCCGUUUCGGAAGAUCCCGAUCAAGACCCUCGCCAGAUGCUUCGACGCAAGAAUAAUGGCAAUGCAAAGGGCGACAAGUAUGGAUCAACGCUGGAUGUUACCUUUGGGUCUGAUUCAGAAGGCGAAGAUGAUGUGCCAGAUGGGCCCCUUUUCCCACCAAAUUCUCGAUCUAAAGCAAACGCACUCGAUGAAUUGAAGAAAAAGCGCAAGAAGAAACGGCAUGAAGAGGAGAGCGAGCCACUGGAUGAAGAAACUCUGGAGGAGCGCCGUCGGUCACGAUUGGAAAAUGCCCUGGCUCGACAGGCAAAGAUAAAGAGUGAUUUGUAUAUCCACGCCAGUGAUGAGGAAAGUGACGCGGAAGCGGACAAGGAGUUUUUCUCCCUUGAGGAACAGACACGGAAAGAUCAAGCCGAACGAGUGAAGAGGGCCUUGCUUACUGGGGUCAUGGAGGAAACAGGUGGUAAGAAGGGCAAGAAGAAGAGUGGCCGCAAGCGCAAUUCCCAAGGCACGGAGGCGCAAAGCAAGCGGCAGCGUCGCAAACAACAGGGCGUUGAAGUUGACGAAGACGACGACAUUGUUAUGGCUGGGACAGAUGCUCAGUCACAACGGCUUUUGCCCGGUGAUGCCGGGAAUGAUGAGGAUAUGCUUCUUACCUCUGAGGAGGAUGAUCUGAAUUUUGAUGAUGAUCUUGCUUUCAGUCGAGACCGCGAGAGGCAACUGGACAUUCCUUCUCUUGACCCUAAAUCGGAUGCACACACUGCAUCUGCUACGGCCGAUAAUGGUGAUGACGAUGAAGAUGCGCCACAGGCUGCACCGUCGCGAAGACGCAUGCGAGGUGGUUUUGUUAUUGAGAGCGACUCGGAAUAG